UGUAAACCAGCGACAGCGGCGCGCCCGGCAUCCCUAGCCCCUCCCCCUGUACGCGAGUGCGCGCAUACAGCAACUUCCUGAAUGAGCGGAGCAUGGAGGGGGCGCCGUGUAUCUGCCUUGUACUUUUCCUAUUGAAGCUGUUAGCCUGCGUUGUGGAGAUGAAAGCUGAGCUGCCCCUGGUUAUCAAUACCUGGCCUUUUCGAAAUGCGACCGAAGCAGCAUGGAGGGUGCUGGAAGCAGGCGGUUCUGUUUUGGAUGCUGUUGAGAAGGGAUGCGCACAGUGUGAAAUUGAUCAGUGUGAUGGCAGUGUUGGAUACGGUGGCAGCCCGGAUGAAAAUGGAGAAACAACUUUAGAUGCCAUGAUUAUGAAUGGUAACACAAUGGAAAUUGGAGCUGUUGCUCAACUGAGAAGAAUUAAAAAUGCCAUUGGUGUGGCCAGAGCAGUUAUGGAGCAUACCAAACACACAUUUUUAGUUGGAGAAUCUGCAUCAUUGUUUGCUGAGAGUAUGGGCUUCAUGCGUGAAGAUUUAACAACCAACCAUUCACGGUCCAUUCAUUCUAAGUGGCUUGAUCAAAGCUGCCAACCAAAUUACUGGAAGAAUGUUGUUCCAGAUGCUUCAAAAUCGUGCGGCCCUUAUCAUCCUUUUAAGGGAGUCAAAAAUGAAAAGCAGUCUCCUCUUCAGCAAAAAAUAAAUGUUCAUAACCAUGACACAAUAGGGAUGAUUGCAAUUGAUAAAGCAGGGAAUGUUGCAGUAGGCACCUCAACAAAUGGCGCAACUCAUAAAAUUCCAGGCCGAGUUGGUGAUUCCCCAAUACCGGGUGCUGGAGCAUAUGCAGAUAGCGUGGUGGGUGGUGCUGCAGCCACAGGAGAUGGAGAUAUCAUGAUGCGUUUUUUGCCAAGUUAUCAAGCAGUGGAGUACAUGAGGAUGGGAAGCGAUCCUACUGCAGCAUGCCAGAAAGCUAUUGGUAGGAUCCAAAAGUAUUUCCCAAAUUUCUUUGGAGCUGUUAUUUGUGCCAAUUCAACUGGAAGCUAUGGUGCUGCUUGCAAUAAGAUUCCUGGUUUCAAAGAAUUUCACUUUACAGUCUUUAGAAUGGGACUUUCAAAACCCAUAGAUGAAGUAGUGAUUUGCAUUUAGACUCAAUAUAGCACGUUAGUAUAGGUAUGGGACCCUUUGGAAACCCAUUAUCCAGACAGCUUCAAAUUACGUAAAGGACAUCUUUUAUAGACUUUAUUUUAAUCAAAUAAUUGACAGCUAUAGAAAGAUCCUAUAUAACUGCAUCUUUGAAUUGGCAUAAAUGGAUUUCAAAAUGUUAUUGCCCCAAGGGUUUGGUUUUUUGUGAGCAGAUAUAAAAGCCCACUGCUGCUAGGCUAUCUAUCAGGAUAUUAUGCAGUAAAUUCAGAUUUGUUUCAUUCGAUUGUCUCACAUCCAGGAAAUUUGCAAUAACAUUGAUAUAAAGCACCAAAUUCCUUUGCCUAGUUAGCCCCUCUAUUCUGAAGAUUAGGCAAAUAUGGAUGAUUUUAGAUAAGUCCACCAGCUACAGAGAACCUCUGAAAUUAAAUUAGAAAGGUUAUUAAUGCAAUUAAAAGUGGUCAUUUAAGGCACUUGAAUACUAAGAAGCAUUGCAAGACCAAUGGGAAGCUGACAACCACCUUGGCAAGGCUUAGGAAGACAAACAAAAAGUCUAGAACUGAACCAGCACAGACCUGAAGGAGCACUGAUGAUAAUGAAUGAAGAAAUGAAGGGUGUAAAACUGGCUAUACAUGCUAAAAUUUGCUCAUUUGGCAAGGUCACCAAAUGAGCAAAUCUUUCCCCAAUAUGCCCACUUUAUGACAGGCAUAGGAGUUGUUGGACCACAUCAAUGAGGUGAUGUGCUCCCUGAUAUUCGGCCAGAUAUAAAUCAGGGAAGCCCGUCAGGGGUUCCUAUA